AUGUCGGAAUUCAUAGGAUAUGUCGGUACUCUCCACGAGAUCAAUUCAGAGAACUCAACAGUAGCCUUGGAAAAUGUCAAAUCUCAUGGAACAGAAGGACGCAAGAACAAUCCGGAUGAUGAGAUUCCACCUUCGGAUAGUGUUUACGAGUACAUUGUCUUCCGUGGUAGUGAUGUGAAGGAUCUGCGAAUUGAGGAAGCGCCUGCACCCAAGGAAAACAAGCCUCCGCAGGUACCUAAUGAUCCUGCGAUUCUAGGAAGCGGAACUCGUCCAGCCCCCUCCGCACAAGGACCCCCGACUCCUCAAAACCAAAAUCCACGAGGACCUCCACCGCAAGGACAGAAUGGUCCCCAACAACAAGGACCGCCUCCUGGAAUGGCUCCUUUCGGGCAAUACCCGCCUCCAGGAUUUUAUCCUCCUCCGCCUGCAGGAUGGGGCCGUGGAGGUCCUCCUGGUCCAGGUUUUCCAGGAAUGCCACCAUUUGGUGCCCCGCCAGGUUGGUACCCGCCACCUGGACAUGGAUUUCCACAACACCCUGGACAAUUUCCCCCUCCUCCAGGCUAUGGCUUUCCACCACCAAAUCAGCAAUUUCAGCAACAAAAUCAGCAACAAAAGCCAUCACCAAUCGGACCUGGCGCGAACAAACAACAAACUCCUACUUCCGCAAACGCUACAGACAAACCAGCUGACGCACAAGCUCCUGGUGCUGGCAGCACUGCUGCACCAGCUCCCAAACAAGCAACCCCACCUCCUUCCAAGGCUUCCCCAACUGAAGCGGAGGUCUCCGCUACGAAACCAUCCCAGCCGGCAGCCCCACCCGCUGCGCGAGCUACCCCAAGUGGUCCCAAGAGCGGUCGUAUUCAACCUGCAAUGCCAUUAGCUAGUCCUGCAGUAUCUAAGGCUCCAUUGCAAAACACCACUGCCCCAGCCGUGCCAAAACAAAGCGACGCUGCCGCAAGUUUGAGAGAUGCCACACAAGCUGCGACUGCCGCCGUUGCUGCUGCAAUGGCGAAACUCCCUCCAGUCGGAGGUCAACAAACCAAUGGAAGCGCAGUUGACAACCUAACAAGAAAGGUCAACGAAAUGCGAACAACCGAUCCUGUUCGCGCUCCUAGACAACCAGGUAACAAUGGAUUUGCGGCAAGAGGUAGAGGUCGAGGUGGCCGAGCUUCUGGUCCAGCUAAAGUUGAUGUUCCGGAGGCCGAUUUCGAUUUCGAAACUGCAAACGCAAAAUUCAACAAACAAGAUUUGGUCAAGGAGGCUAUUGCUGGAUCUCCGCUUGGGGAGCAGCCUCCAAAUACUUCAACCGCGCCCGAAGCUGAGAAGGAAGAGACAGCACCUAAGGCAUACAACAAAGCCACAUCAUUCUUUGACAACAUCUCGAGCGAGGCAAAGGAUCGUACAGAAGCUGCCGGUAACAGACCUGGUGGACGUGAGUGGCGAGGUGAAGAACAAAAGAAGAAUGUCGAGACCUUUGGACAAGGAAGUGUUGAUAAUGGUGGUUAUCGCGGAGGAUAUCGCGGCCGAGGCCGUGGCCGUGGGGGCUACAGAGGAAGAGGUGGUUAUGGCGGUAACGGACAACCUACACGUGGCCGAGGUGGUGGUUAUCGAGGUCGUGGUGAUGCCCAGACUCUGGAAGGUCCCGUGAGCGAGGCCAUGACUCACUGGAAAUUCGUUGGUUUGGGUGGAGCUGGAGCUUGA